AUGGCAGCUUAUCGAGAAACAGCUGAUGUUAGAGCAUAUGAAACGGUGGGGCAGGCGUCGGCGUCGGUGCCGGCGUAUCUGGAAAUCCCGGCGGCGUCGAUGGAGGAUCCGGUGGAGGCUGUGGCAGCUUCUGUUGACACGACUAAGUCUCAAAUUCAUCCAACUUUUACUACUUCCAAACAACUCAAGGAGGAAGAGAAAAAGGAAGAGGAAGCCAAGAAAGAGAAUGGAGUGCAGAAGCUAAAAUCAAGCCUCCUCGUUACAGGAGUGGUGGUUGCUGUGAUUGGAGCUAUAUUUGCUGUAGUUAAGAAUAUUAAAAAGGCAAAAUAA